CGGAGAUCAUCGGGCAUCGGUUCCAUUUCGGGUAUCGUAGGACCUUGAAAACUUCUUGGUGGUGCAGCGAUUUGAAGCUCGUCUUUCCAUUGAUUUCUUCGCUGAUCAACGGCGGUGAAGCUUUGGAUCCUGUGGAUCUCAUCGUGAUCAGAGACGGAUUAAUUUUUUAUGAUGGAGGAGAGUAGAUCCGGCUCAGACUGGCUGUUCGAAUCGGAAUUUCGUCCUUCUCAUAACUCCGCUUCAGGUUCCAUGAUAGAUAUAAUCAAUUGAAGUAUGGGAUUAUCUAGUGUUUGGAAAGUUGUUCGACUGAUGUGAAGGUACUGUUAGUUAAUCAAGAAGGUUGGUUUGAAAGAUGAACUUUGAGUUCUUUUUAACUCUGCACACUGUGAAAGAGAAGCAAUAAAGAUGGUUGCAGCUUACUGAACAGAAGAUGAAGAGGAGCUUCAUUUUAAAGAACCCAAUUGCCUUCGUAUUUAUGAUUCUAUCUCUUUGUUGCAUACUUAUUGUACUCAUCACAACGCUAAGGCUUCCAGAGCUAACUGUAGGAGAUAAGGCUGUUGCCAGUAAUCAGAUUUCAGUGAUCAGAAAGGUCCCCAAAGAUCAUAAGUUGGGCAAGUUUGGAGAGAUGAUGAUCAAAAUGUUGCCUAAGGAUCUUGCUUUUACUGUCUUUAUCCCUUCAGAGAAGGCUUUCGAGCGCGAAUUGAGUUUACGAGUAAAUGAAAGUUUGACGACUGAGAAAUUGGACGACACAUACGCCGUGAUUUCAAGAAUAUUAGGUUUCUCCGCUGUUCCUCGAACUAUGUACUCGACUUCGGUUGAUUACGGGAAUGAGAUUUCAUAUGAUGCUGUUUCUGGAUUCACAUUGAACAUUUCCAAGGACAAAGAUGGGAUGCUGAUUGUUAACCGUGUGAGGUCUGAAAUGGUGGAUGUAAAGAAGAAGGAUGUUCUUGUGCAUAUAAUGGAUGGCGUUAUAAUGGAUGCUGCGUUUGAGCAAUCAGUAAAGCCUGAUGACAGUGAAGAUUGAACCGGUGAAAAGCAGCUGUUAGCUUUUCUUUUUUAACCAUACAUUCCAAACCGUUAGCUUCCAUAGUAACAUCUUGGUCAAUAGAUUCCUCUCCUUUUAGAUUUACGAAGUUUUCAAUGGUUUCAAGGCCUAGAUGUUAGCCAUUUGAUCAGUUGGCUAUGAUUUUGGUGUCGAUAUACUUGUUAACUUCUUGCUUACAACUUGGUUCAUAACUUACAAUGUGAGGAUGAUGGCCCAUUCCAUGAGCAAUA